AUGAGGAUCCAGUUGGUCGGAACCGAGAUGACAGGGCAAGGGACGCGAAGACAUCUGUUUGGUUUGAUCAUUCUGCCUCGCUUGCCCCUUUAUCAGAUGAACGACUCAGAGGCGUUUCUUCGCUUCUUCCGCGUUGACCGCCACAUACCAUGCUACCUGCUUCGGCCACCGAGCCGCAAAAUGUUGUGGCAGCAGCAGUUGGUGGCCACAGGAAGAGGAGAAAGGAGACAGCUCGGUCAGGCCACAAAUGCUUGUUUCCCAUCCUUUUCAAUGCAGCUGCCACAAAUUCUGGACGCCGAAGAUAAAGACGACUACCAAGAGACGAAACCUUCUCAAGACGACAUACCGGUCGGGGAAAUCCUCCCACUCGACCAUGUGCUUCAGCUCGCAGACCGCUCCAAGUUGCUAGCGGCAAGGGUCCAAGAGUUCAAGAGAAACGACGGUCUCAGGACGCCAGAGGAACUCAGGGGCUUGACCUCCACUGUGGACGAAGUAGAGCAGAUUUUGCGGCCCUAUACCAUGGCUGUGCUAGACUGCAUGCUCGGGGAUAUUUAUGAGAACAUCCUUCGGGAGCAAGACGGCACAAGGACGGGCUUUGAUGAAGCGAUGACGCGAAUCACCCGCGCACUUCGACCGGCCCUCCUGGAGAUGGAUUCUGAACCCAACGACAGCACGCAUACCUUCAAUCUCGAGGAGACUCUCGAGAUUGUAGGGAGAUUCCGGCGCCUCAUCCUUGAGUUUGAGGACCUUGACAGGCUGACCCACCAGCCCGUACAUGAUACGCUGGCUCUCAGUGAGCGGCAGGUCGAGGCCUGUGUAGAAGCUGGCCGCAUGAAGGUGCUCAUGGGCUGCGUCUUUGACGCCAUCGUCUCGUAUACCCGCGGGCGACUGCCACCUAGGAUAUCUACUCACACCGUGGUAGUGACGGUGGUUCGAUGCGAGGGUCUUCGGCGACACGAAGGCGAGGGCCCACCUCUUCUGCGAAGACAAGAUGCCACUGUUGGCCAGGAGAGAUUCGCACCACCCAGUCUACCGAGACAAGAUGCCACUCUCGGCCGAGGAAGCUUCGAACCGCUCAGUCUGCUCAGACAAAAUGCCACCGUUAGUCAAGGCACCGUAGCGUCUUCUAGGAAUUCGUCCCAGAAUACACCUCGUCUGCGAAGAAGAGAUGCCACUAUUAGCCAACGCACGGAGAGCUCAACGAGGAUCUCGAAUGGAGCCAGAGCUCACGCCGUUUGCUCGGACACAAUGGGGAAGUUCAUGGCAAACUCGCCAAGUAGAUUGAAGUCCUCGCAGAGCACGAUGUGGAACUCCAAGACCCCCCCCCCGAUGAACAUUAAGGACCGACUGGCCUUCGAAGCUGAAGUUCGCAACCGAAUGAUUGUGGGAACCGCGAAGCACGACAACCCUGGGUUAGGGUCGAAAAUCACUUUGGGCAACGAUGCGGCAGCUGCUCGGAGAAAAGAGUCUGGGCGUCUAGAUGUAGGAGCAGAAGAGCCGACCAUGUUUGGAGUCAUAGUCAGCGUCGAGAAACCAUUAUCAACGAUGAGCGUUCUGACUCUGGACACGCCGUUUCGCCUCACUGACUCUCAACGCGGAGAAAUGUCUUGGCGUCCAGAUAUAGGAGCAGAAGAGGAGGGUCAAUGCCGCAUAAGAAGCUCUGGGCAGAGGGAAAGUCCAGCCAUCAACGCCAAAGAAUCAUUAUCAGCGAUGGGCGUUUUCAACUGCAUGGUUUCGGACACGCCGUCUUGCCUUAUUGACUUUUAA